CUGACGCCAGCGCGAGGAGACCAGAGACAGGCAGCUGUAUAGUAUGGAAGCGUUGAGAGCGAGCUUGAUAGCUGUUUAUAAGGUGUCCUGUUCAGAAGUUCUGUCCUGAAGCUUUGAAGACCAAGGACUACCCAGCCAUCAGUGGCACCUAAAAAAAUACAACAGCAGCUUUUAACCUCCAACUUUUUCCCUCACCAAGUGGACUAUCUCUCCAUUGUAAAACCUAACCCCGCACACUCACGUGUAGCGCCCUGACAACGCUACGGUCGCAAAGAGGCGACAGACACAAACGUCACCAUGAACGUCACCUCCCUGUUCUCCUUCACCAGCCCGGCCGUCAAGCGCCUCCUCGGCUGGAAACAAGGAGACGAAGAGGAAAAAUGGGCGGAGAAAGCCGUGGACGCGCUGGUGAAGAAACUGAAGAAGAAGAAGGGAGCAAUGGAGGAGUUGGAGAGGGCUCUGAGCUGCCCGGGUCAGCCCAGUAACUGUGUCACCAUCCCUCGCUCCCUGGAUGGAAGACUCCAGGUGUCCCACAGGAAAGGCUUACCCCAUGUUAUCUACUGUAGGGUGUGGAGGUGGCCUGACCUGCAGUCUCAUCAUGAGCUCAAGGCUCUGGAGUGCUGUGAGUACCCGUUUGGCUCCAAGCAGAAGGAUGUCUGCAUCAACCCGUACCACUACAAGAGAGUGGAUAGUCCAGUGCUGCCCCCGGUGUUGGUCCCGCGGAAUAGCGAGUUCAAUGCCAAACACAGCAUGCUACCACGCUUCCGCAACCCUCUGCACCAGAACGAGCCCCACAUGCCCCAGAACGCCACCUUCCCAGAGUCCUUCUCCCAGGCGAACACCCAGAUGAACUUCCCCCAGACACAGACACACUCCCCUGGGGGUAACAGCUACCCCGGCUCCCCUGGUAGUGGCAGCAGUGCAACCUUCCCCCACUCCCCUACCAGCUCUGACCCAGGCAGCCCAUUUCAGAUGCCAGGUGAGCCGCCAGGUCAGAUGCCAGAGACCCCUCCUCCAGCCUACUUGCCCCCAGAGGAGCGGAUGACUCAGGACUGCCCCCAGCCCAUGGACACCAACCUGAUGGUCCCCGCGUUGCCCCUGGAGAUCAGCAACAGGCCAGAUGUUCAGCCGGUGGCCUACGAGGAACCUAAACACUGGUGCUCUAUAGUGUACUACGAGUUGAACAACCGGGUGGGCGAGGCGUUCCAGGCCAACUCUACUAGCGUCCUGGUCGACGGCUUCACCGACCCGUCCAACAACCGCAACCGUUUCUGCCUGGGCCUCCUCUCCAACGUCAACCGCAACUCAACCAUAGAGAACACCCGGCGACACAUUGGCAAAGGAGUUCACCUGUACUAUGUGGGUGGUGAAGUGUAUGCUGAAUGUCUGAGUGACAGCAGCAUCUUCGUCCAGAGUCGGAACUGUAACUACCACCAUGGCUUCCACCCCACCACUGUCUGUAAGAUCCCCAGCGGCUGCAGCCUCAAGAUCUUUAACAACCAGGAGUUUGCUGAGCUGCUGGCCCAGUCCGUCAACCACGGGUUUGAGGCUGUCUACGAGCUGACCAAGAUGUGCACCAUCCGCAUGAGCUUCGUCAAGGGCUGGGGUGCAGAGUACCACCGCCAGGACGUGACCAGCACCCCCUGCUGGAUUGAGAUUCACCUGCACGGUCCUCUGCAGUGGCUGGACAAGGUGCUAACCCAGAUGGGUUCCCCCCACAACCCCAUCUCCUCCGUGUCCUAGACGAAACUGUCCCCAGGCCCCAGGGCUGUCCAAACCCAGCAUUUAGGUUCCAGUGGAGGGGAGGAUGGGUGGGUUUCAGGGUGGGGGUCAAUUCUAAUUGAAAUCAGUCAAUUCAGGAAGUAAACUGGAAUUUUAAGAGAAUCUAAAUUAAAAUAGGAAAUUCAGUUUAUUUACUGUAUUGACUGAAUUGAAAUGGAAUUGACCCCAACCCUGGUGGGUUUGUACUUGAGGGAUUAUGUCUGAAAUUGGGCACAUUGCAGACUGGGAUGUGUGGGGGGGGACGAGAUAGAAGCAUCUGGAAGAUACUUGAUCUUUGUGACCAACUGUAAUAAUUAUCAAUCAGACUCAAAUCAUUAUAAACUAAUCAUCAAUUCAGCAUUACGCAAAGUAUCCCCCUCAUAUGGGGCCCAUAUUCAGAAAGAGUCUGAACGAGGAUCAGUUUGGCCUUUUAGAUCAUAAUGAAUACAUUUAUAUGGACUGGUGGGACCUGAACAUAGAAUAUGGGUCCCUGAUCUUGUUCCGGCAGUUUUUCCUCUUUCUUUUCCCUUCCCUUCCCCUGUUUUUUGGGUUAACAUUGGAAACCCAUACAGCCAGUUUCAUGUGUUGUUACAACGAUAAUAAAUGUGUACAGAAUUGGAAGGAUUGGAAGACAACCAAUAUGGAUGAAAAAAUGUAGAAAUAUUAUGUUUCUUAUGAACAUAUUUAGAACCUAUGAAGAUACUGAGGUCAGUAAAUACAAAUGUCUCCCCCAGAACCCUAAAAAUGUAAUUUUUUAGGUUUUGGGAAAUAAAAAGAGUUGAAGAAAAAGACCCCUACAUAAAAUCCCUUUAGAUUAUUUACAAACCCUGUCAUGAGGAGAAAUCAGGAGAGGGCAUCAGUGGGAGCGGGGCGGGAGAGUGAGGUGGGCAUUGUGGGAUUGUGCUCACAGGACAUAAGAUUUAAAAAAUUGUACAUAAAUAAAUAUUUCUCUUCUUGUGUUACACCCAUGUUACAACUGAAUUUAACGAUUUUAAUCGUGUUUUAGGCAUACUCAACAUUAGAGCAAAGUGCUGUGCAGUCGGUUUUGCAAACGCGUAGUUUGGUUUAGUGUAGCAAAUCACCGUUUGGCUUGUUUAGGUAGUGACUGAAGAAUGACACUAAACAGAGACAGAGAUGGGCACAAGCGUAUGAUAGUUCAGUUUGACCCUAGCUGUGCAUGGUACA